GCGGUUGGCAUUAGCAAAAAAAAAUUAUGGGGUCUAGUAUGCACAAACUCAUUUAUUAGAAUUAAAUAAACAAAAACUUUUGUUUCAGAGACUUUAAAUAAAUAUCGUGUUCGUUUUAUACUCUUUAAAUUUGUGAACCAUGGGUAUACUUGAGCGAAUUAGUGAAAUAGAACGCGAAAUAUCCAGAACCCAAAAAAAUAAAGCUACUGAAUACCAUCUGGGGGUUCUGAAAGCUAAACUAGCAAGAUACCGUUCUCAACUUUUGGAACCAGCGACUGGCAAAAAAGAAAAAGGUGAGGGCUUCGAUGUUAUGAAAUCAGGAGAUGCCCGUGUGGCUUUAAUAGGUUUUCCAUCAGUUGGCAAGUCUACAAUAUUAAACAUUCUGACUGAUACUCACAGUGAAUCUGCUUCAUAUGAAUUUACCACAUUGACCUGCAUUCCUGGUGUAAUCCCAUACAAAGGAGCUAAUAUCCAACUUCUUGAUCUUCCUGGUAUUAUUGAAGGAGCAGCAGCUGGUAAAGGUAGAGGUCGCCAAGUUAUUGCUGUUGCAAGGACAGCGGAUUUAGUGCUGAUGAUGUUGGAUGCAACUAAAGGAGAAAUUCAAAAGGAACUAUUGGAAAAGGAGUUAGAGACAGUUGGCAUUCGACUGAACAAAGAGAAACCCAAUAUUUAUUUCAAGAUCAAAAAAGCUGGAGGAAUAUCAUUUAAUGCAAUGUGUAACUUAACUAGAUGUGACGAAAAGCUGGUUCAAAUGGUGUUACAUGAAUAUAAAAUAUUUAAUGCUGAGGUGCUAUUCAGAGAGGACUGCACUCCUGAUGAGCUCAUAGACGUAAUCAACAGAAAUCGUGUUUAUCUUCCAUGCCUUUACGUGUACAACAAAAUAGAUCAGAUAUCUAUUGAAGAAGUAGAUCGACUAGCUCAUUUGCCCAAUUCUGUAGUUGUAAGUUGUAAUAUGAAGCUCAAUUUAGAUUACCUGUUAGAUAAAUUGUGGGAGUAUUUAGCAUUAAUUAGAGUUUAUACUAAAAAAAGAGGAGAACCUCCUGAUUUUGAAGGUGGUCUUAUUCUUAGACGAGGUGCUACAGUAGAACAUGUGUGCCAUGCCAUACACAGAACUAUAGCCAACGUAUUCAAGUAUGCAUUAGUUUGGGGUACUAGUACAAAAUACAGUCCCCAAAGAGUUGGCUUGUCUCAUAUUGUUAACCAUGAAGAUGUCAUACAAAUUAUAAAAAAAUAAAUGUUGCAAAUCUGGCCUUAUGAAACUAAUUUUUACUUUCUUAUUCUUAUGAAAUAAUUUUAAUGAGUUUUGUAAUUUUACUGAGUAUUAAAAUUAUGUUUAUCAGAGACAUUAAAAUAACUUAACUAUAUAAAUUGAAACACAUUAAAAACAAUCUAUUUGCUUUUAACUUACAUUGUAAAAUAUUAUUUUCCACCAAUUAUUUGCUUAGAACCUUAUAAUUUGCAAGAAUUUAAUUUUACUUUCUUGAAAAAAUAUUGAAUUAACAAAUUAUUGUAGGAUUUUUAUAAUUUGUUUAUAAAAUCAAUGAACCUAAAGUGCUUGUUUGCCUGUAUUUUUUUUUGUAAAAACAUGUACGUACUGGACAUAGUGUAUAAAGUAAUAUAAUUAAGAAAAGUAAUGUAAUUGAUAUCAAUUGUUUAAAUAAAUUGAAGUUUGGCUUUUUUGAUUCUG